AUGUUUAUCAAGAAUGUGAUGCAGGGCUUUCCGAACAUCACUGGCAUACGAUGGUUCAACCUUUCUGUCCUUGUCAUCACACCAGCUCUUUCGCUGUAUGGCUUGCUUUAUGUUCCCAUCCUUCAGAAGACUGUCGUUUGCACUGUCCUCUAUUAUAUUUAUUCCAUGCUUGGCAUAACUGCUGGAUACCACCGGCUUUGGUCACACAGAUCGUAUAACGCUUCGUUCCCCUUGCAGGUAUUCCUUAUUCUUGCGGGGGCGAGCGCAGUGCAAGGCUCGUGUUAUUGGUGGGCACGCCGCCAUCGUUCUCAUCACAGGCAUACCGACACGGAUCUGGACCCGUACAACUCAGAACGAGGCCUCCUCUGGACGCACAUUGGAUGGAUUAUUUUUAAGUCAGACUUGAAACCAGGGCCAGCCGAUGUCUCUGACUUGGGCAAGGACCCUCUCGUACAAUGGCAACACCGAUGGUACUUUGUCAUCCUGACUAUUUUCGGGUACUUGCUUCCAAUGAUCAUCCCUGGCUUGUUGUGGGGAGACUGGAAAGGCGGAUUCUUCUUCGUUGGUGCACUUCGUAUGACCGCGUGUCAUCACUGCACUUUUUGCAUCAACUCCAUUGCCCACUAUCUUGGAACUACGCCGUACGAUGACAAGCACACACCCCGCGAUCAUCUUUUGUCCGCUAUUCUCACUAUGGGAGAAGGAUACCAUAACUUCCACCAUCAAUUUCCCAUGGACUACAGGAAUGCAUUCCGAUGGUAUCAGUACGACCCUACCAAGUGGUUUAUCGGUGUCUGUCACUAUAUCGGUCUUGCCUCCCAUCUCCGCGUUUUCCCUAGCAACGAAAUUGAAAAGGGCGCACUCACGAUGAAGAUCAAGGCUCUCAAGGACAUCCAGGACUCAAUUGAAUGGCCCGUACCUCCGCAAGAACUUCCUGUGGUUUCGUGGAAAACAUUCCAGGAAGAAUCCCAGUCUCGGACCCUUCUCCUCAUCUCAGGUUUCAUCCACGACGUGUCAAUGUUCCUUGAUAGCCAUCCGGGAGGAUCCGUUUUACUCACACGAAACUCUGGGAAAGACAUGACGGCGUCAUUCUUUGGCGGUGUCUAUGCCCACUCUCACGCAGCGCAUAACGUGCGUACCAUGACACUAUUUGCUUAUUCAUUGAUGCUAACGACUAACUCCGACCCUCCGUUGACCGCUGUGAACUUACUUGCACGUUACGUCAUGAAGCUCCUUGGGAUGAUGCGUGUGGGCAUUCUAGCAGGUGGUGUGGAAGCGCCAGCAGAGCAUGCCAUCCCACCCAGUCAGCGACUGGUCAUACGUGCUAACACCUCCCAUUAA